GAUGUAAUACUAAUUCUUAGAAUCAGAUGAAUUAUACACAAGAGUGAAAACUUUGACAGUUGUAGCUAAAUAAACAGCAGCAUCAGUCCAAAAAUAAGCCAAGAAAACAGAAAAAUUGAUUGGUGAAAUAGAGAAGCCAAUUAAUGUUCCACCAUUGCCUGCUGGUUUCAAAGUACUUUAAAUCUUAUCAUUAAAAUAGGUAGAUGUCCCUAAUUUUGAUGUGACCAAUAGAUUGAAUAAAUUACCUCGUUCUUGGGAUCUACCAUAAGAAUUGUACAAGAAACAUCUACCAAAAUAUAAUGUUGGAACAAUUUAUAGAAUUUAAGAAUUACUAAAUGCUGGUGAGGGGUAACAAUAUUAAUUAAAUAUAUAUAGAUAUAUAGGAUAAACAGUAACAGUAGCAGGUUGGGCUAGAACAGUGAGAGAUUAGAAGAAUCUUUGUUUCAUUGAAUUGAAUGAUGGAACAAGUUUUGGUGGUCUAUAGAUAGUAGUUGAAGACAAGCUAACAAAUUUUGAGCAAGUUGCUAAAACUAAUACAGGUUUUUCACUUAAAGUGACAGGAAAUAUUGUAAAGAGUCCUGCCAAAGGAUAAUUAAUUGAAAUGCUUGUUGCUGAUCCUACAAAACAUGAAGUUGUCAUAGUUGGUUAAGCUGAUCCUGAGGAAUAUCCAAUGGCAAAGGGAGUUUAGAAACCAGAGACUCUUAGAUAGAAAGCACAUUUAAGACCAAGAGGCAAUUUCUUUAGUGCCGUUACUAGAAUUAGAAAUAAUUUGGCCUAUGCAACUCAUGUAUUUUUCUAAAAUAAUGGAUGUUUAUAUAUUCAUACACCAAUAAUUACUGGAAGUGAUUGUGAAGGUGCUGGAGAAAUGUUUAGAAUUUCUACUAUUUUUGAUAAUGAUAUUAAGAAAAUCCCUUAGAUAAAUGGUAAAGUGGAUACAGUUUAAGAUUUCUUUAAAAAGGAAGUCAAUCUUACAGUGUCUGGUUAAUUAUAAGUGGAAGUAAAUUGAAGAUUUAAUUUAUAAUAGAAUUUCUGUAUAAGUAUGUCUAAUGUAUAUACAUUUGGUCCAACUUUUAGAGCAGAGAAAGCUCAUACUCAUAGACACUUAGCUGAGUUUUGGAUGAUUGAGCCAGAAUUUGCAUUUGCUGAUUUAUUUGAUAAUAUGGAAGCAGCAGAAGGUUAUGUAAAGUUUUGUAUCAAUUACAUUUUGUAAAAUAAUAUGGAUGAUCUUUAAUUUUUGGAUAAAAGAGUUAAGCCUGGAUUGAUAGAUUAUUUAAAAGAUAUUGUAAGCAAGGAUUUUGUUAGAUGUUCAUAUACUUAAGGAAUUGAUAUAUUAUUGAAAGCAUAAAAGGCAGGAGCUAAAUUUGAAAACAGUGAUAUCAAAUGGGGAAUGGAUUUAAAUAGUGAACAUGAAAGAUUUAUAGCAGAAAAAGUAUUUUAGAGACCAGUUUUCCUUUAUGAUUAUCCAAAAGAGAUUAAAGCCUUUUAUAUGAAAGUGACUGAAGGUAUAUAUAAAAGUUUAAUAUAAUAUUAUAGAUGGAAAAUGUGUUAGAGCUAUGGAUAUGCUAAUUCCUUAAGUUGGUGAAUUGAUUGGUGGAUCUUAGAGAGAGGAAAGAUAUGAUGUAUUGGCUCAAAGAAUUAAAGAAUGUGGAUUGAAAUUAGAAGAUUAUGGACCUUAUAUGGAUUUAAGAAGGUAAUUGAUUCAUAAUAUAUUUAAGAUAUGGAACAGUACCUCAUUGUGGUUUUGGAUUAGGAUUUGAAAGAUUAGUCAUGAUGGUUACAGGUGUUGAAAAUAUUAGAGAUGUUAUUCCUUUCCCAAGAUAUCAUGGUAGUGCUGAAUUCUGAAAAGUUAAUAAUAUAAA